UCAUAUACGCACCACCCUCUUCCAUCAUAGCAGUGAUAGUGAGACCUUCUCUCUCUCUCUCUCUCUCUUUCUCACACACACACACACCAUUGAAAAGUUAGAGCAAAGUCUCUCGUCUCCGACACGCUGGUAGCCUCUCACUGCACGCUCCCCUGAGGGCACUGGACCCCCGUUCCCUCCCUCUCUCUUUCAGUCACUGACUCAUUCUUUCACUCACUCCCUCACUCAUACUCAUUCAUUCAAUCAAUCCAAAUUCUCAGCAGCUUCACUUGUCAGAGAGGAGGUACAGGAAUACAGGAAUCUGCUACAGUCUCACCUCAGCCAGCAUGUGGAUUCUCCUGCUCGGACUCACCUCUGGAUUGGUGGCCUCCUCUUGGGCAAGACCUGGUCAAGAUGUGAAGAUACGAGGCUGCAGUUACAUGGGAGUAUUCCAUAUUCAGGGCAAUGAGCGAUACUCUUUGGACUUUGAGGAGGCCCAGAAACUAUGUGAAGAGUUGGGAACAACCUUGGCCAGUAAUGACCAGGUGACUGUUGCCCAUAACGUGGGCUUGGAGAGCUGCAGGUACGGCUGGAUCAGCAGUGGAAACAUCACCAUUUCUCGACAUGUGCCCAACGCCUUGUGUGCAGCGAACAUGACGGGUGUUAUCACUUUGGUACCCGAAGAGGAUUCCCUCUAUGAUGCCUACUGCUAUGAUCACACAGAUAUGCCUGUCAAAAACUGCACAUUUGAAAUAAAAUAUCUGGGGACUGAUCCUGCACUUCCUGAGACCACUGAGGACACUGGAAGUGAAAAUUUGAACCACGCCAACAUUUCAAAUGACCUUCCUAUUACGGAGGUUCCAGUGGCAUCAGACACUCCAGACAGCUCUCAUGAUGAUGAUAUGUCAGGAGAGGUGCUGGAUCAGACCACACAGCCUCCCACGACGACUGCUGAACCUUCUGGAGAAGAUGAUUUUCUGAACACUAUGAGUCCUGAUCAUCUUCAUCCAGGAGAAGUGGAGGAAGUUGCAGAGAAGCCUAGCCAAGACGGCAAUGGCACAGGUAUGGAAGAGGCCACCAGAAGUGAUCCAGACACUGGAGACUCAAAGGACAAAACAGAGGACCAUGACACAGAUACAGACGACACACCUGAGAGUACACCUGAUAAGAACAGAAAGAAGUUGGACAUGGCUUCAUCACCAGAGGAUACUGCCAGCAGUAACAGUAGUAAAGAUUGGUUGGUCAUCUUGGUUGUAGUUUUGGCCAUCGCUGCUAUUAUUCUUGUGGCUGCUCUUGUGGUAACAAGGAACAGGUGGUGUGGAAGGAGCCAGACUCUGAUGAUCAGCUCCAAGGGCCCCAGUGAUGGCAAUGGGACAGCAGCAUCAGCGGCCAGCCCCCAGGCUCAGGAGAGAGAGCAGGAGAUGGUGACACUCAUGAACAAAGAGAAGAUCCAGGAGAAUGGCAACACGGAGGAGUUUACUGUGAUCACUCUGGAAGAAUCACCAGAGAAAAACCAGCAAGCAUGAAAGACAGAAUGAGAUGGGGUGAGGAUGAGGGGUGGAAGCGUUGGGGGAGAGAGAGAGAGAGAGAGAGAGAGAGAUGGGUCGUGGCUUAAGUUUUGACCAGACAGAGAGAAGCUGUUAGACACUUUGGGAACCAGACAGACACUCAGAUACUGCUGGUGACAUAAAGUGUAACAUCUCUAAGGAUGGUACAAAGUUUGGUCUUUUUAUAUGAAAAAUUUCCAUUUCCUUGAUGGUAAAGAAUAUUCUAUAAUUGUCCUGCGGCUUCAAAACAAACACAAAGUGUUACAUUUUGGACAAACGAUGAAAGAUAUCUCUACAUGCCAUGGAGACAUCCUAAAUUUAAACCUCAAUCUGGGUUCUUAAUGCUUUUCUAGUUUCAUUUUGCCUUUCACAGUGAGAGAGCCUGAUGGUUAAUCUAGCACAAAUCAGAAUGUUCCUUUGGACUGAUUUUAGCUUUUUUUCCCCAAAAAUAGGGCUAAUCAACAACGCAGACUCCACACUACGAUAAAUAAUGUUAAGGCUAAAACUAAAGCUGGCAGAAACCAAAUUUCUGGAUAAAAUAGUUACAAAGAGAUGUUGAUACUGCUCACCAGCUCAUGUCUCCUAACCUCCCCAUCUCAAGCCCGUUACUACUGAGGUCUCUUAUCACAGUUAAGACGCAUUUAUCAUCUCCUAGUGUCAGUAAUUAGAUGUAAAAGAUCUAAAAACCUUUUCACAGUUAUAAUGAAUAUUUAUUUAAACCGGAUUUGUGUGGGAAAGCGGUUAAACUUUAAUUUAAUAUUGUGGUGUGCAGUGUGCUCAUGGCAGGUGAUAGGAUGAGGGAGGCAGAGAAAGACGUAAGGUUUAAAUAAGGGCUUUUAAAGUCCAUGCACAAAGCCAUCAUAGUGCUACAAUUUCCGCUUCAGUGGGUACGAGAUGAAACAAGAAAGGACAAAUAAAGUGAAAUGAAGAGGCAGAGAUGCUGAUACGUGUUGUAGAGUCUUAAAAAUGUCUCUUCUGACUUUUUUUUUUAGCUUUGUGUAAAUUUGACAUUUUUUUUCCCCUGUGAAUGACAUAUGUGUGUUUGUUUGUUUGCUUGUUGUUGGUUGGUUGGUUGAUUGUUUUUUUUUCCCCCACUUAAUUUAUCCUUUUGUAUAUACCACUAUGCUUGUUUACUAUUGUGUUUAACAUGAGAUUGGAAUAGUCAGACCAUCAUAUCCAUUUCUUUAGUCAGUGUAAGUGAAAACCUUUUGCACCCUUACUGAUGAUGUAAUAUGACACUGUAACUUGAUACCGAUGUUUUAAUAUUUUUAAUCUCCAAAAGUCUAUCAAAGAACAUGUUGGAACAAGAAAAGCUAUUGAAAAAUUAUAUAUCAUUAUUCUAUUCAUCUGACCAUGCAUAUGCAAUUUACAUAUAUUUACUCUAACGACAGUUGGGCUAUAAAAUUGCCAAUAAUACAGUGUACCAACAUCACCAACAAUGCAGUUAUUUAUUUUAAGAUGGAAAAAAGUGCUUCAAUGAUGUCUCUUAAUGUUCAUACUUUGCUUGAAAAGCUUGAAACAUAUGUACAUAUUAGCAUACAUAAGCUUUCUCCUCAUAUAUACAUUUCAGUUUCAUAUUUCUGCUUUUUUCUCUUUUGUCUUUUUACGAUGGCAUCUACUCUUGAACGUGUUUUGUUUAAGAAAGAUUAGCAUAUGCAGUAGUGGUAGGAGUGUGUACAUUGAUCAAAUAACAAAUUAUUGUUAAUUGAAAAAUAAUUUUGUGAAGUCCAGGAUGAAAUAAAAAGUGUAUAGAUGUC